AUGGCAACAUCCGAUGGACGUCCGGAAUCGGUGCCGGCAGACCAUGAGGGUUGCGUCGCCUGUGACAAUCCAGAUGCUGACCACAACUACGUCCAAUGUGAUCUGUGUGACCGAUGGUGGCACUUUGCAUGUGCAGGUGUCACGGACUCCAUCAACGAUCGUGCGUGGAUUUGCUCCCAUUGUUCAACGUUGCCACCGGCGAAACCCAGUUCGCCUAUUCCGUCAUCGAAUAAUUCCACUGCUGGUGUGCAACGAAACCUCGCCCUGCUUAAGCAACGGCAGGAGCUUGAGCUGCAACGAAUGGAGCACCAAUUGAAGCAGAAAUUUCUGGAUGAGCAGUUAGAGGUUAUAAACCAGGCUAUGAAAACCUCGCAACAAGAAAGAUGUCACGAUGAAGCUGCCCCGUCUACGGACAGAAACAACCGAAACAAUGAUGCGAUGGACAAAGGAGACGUGUGUGAUCAGCAGAAACCAGCUACUCCACUCACAUCUGUAAACAAGCAAAGUGACAACGUAGUGAGUAUGAACCGCGAUUUGGAAAGCAACCUCGAACGCUUGCAGUUGCAGCCAGCACCGUCGUCCCAGGCGUUAGACGAUCUCCGUCAGCAGCUUGAGCAGUGUAAAGUACACCUGGGUUUGCAUCCUACCGAAUUUCGCAUUAGUCCUACGGUAGGUAGACCCGAAAUUAUAUUUCCAAAUCCCUCCGGUGAACCGCGUUCGAGUUACCAACAACAAAGAAGUCUAGGGGCAAUUAAGAAAAGCUAUGUAACGGGGAAUUCCCAUGCGAUGGGUGAUGUAGGUAAUAAUUAUACGUACGAAAGUGUUUUCCAUAAUAAACCGUGUGUUAAUGCUCCUCAUAAGUCCUCCACGAUCCCUGCUACUACAAUUUCCGCGUCUGGUAGAGAACAACAACGAGAUGCAUUCGGUUUUUGUGAAUUUGAGCAAAAUUUUCCCAGCGCGCGCCAGCAGCAGCGCGCUCCCGUUUUCAGUGAUGAUCAGCAGCGCGAGCAUUUCGCGCGCUCAGCGAAUGGAAAUAUACAAUCCACCCCGUUAGCAGGAAGGAUUAGUCAGCAGCAGCACGUGAAUAUUGGUCAGAACGGUCCGACCCCGCAACAGAUAGCAGCGCGACAAUCUUUAGCACGUGAUCUUCCGCAAUUCUCAGGCGACCCGGCGGAGUGGCCUAUAUUUAUAGCCAACUAUGAAUACACGACAGCCGCGUGUGGGUACACGCUCGGAGAAAAUAUGUUGCGCUUGCAACGGUGCCUAAAGGGCCCCGCUUUGGAAACAGUCCGCAGCCGAUUGGUGUUGCCAGGUACAGUUCCGCAGGUCAUCGAAGCGCUUCGUAGGAGAUACGGACGAUCCGAACUGUUGAUUAAUGCCCUACUGGAGAAGGUACGAAGGAUUCCGGCUCCCAAAUCAGAAAAAUUAGAAGGGCUUAUCGAUUAUGGCAUGGCAGUGCAAGCUCUUUGCGAUCAUAUGGUAGCGGCAAACGAGCACGUUCAUCUUACUAACCCCAUGCUACUACAGGAGCUCGUGGGGAAGCUGCCACCAAAUCAAAAGCUCUCGUGGGCUGCGUAUAAGCGAAAGUGUGGCGAUGAGGUGAACCUGAAAACGUUUAGCAAUUUCAUGGAGGAUAUUGUUAGUGACGCAUCCAGCGUAGUGUUACUCGAGCCAGAGUCCUACAGAGGCAAGGACAAGUUAAGGCCUAGAGGGUAUGUCAAUUCUCAUACGGAAACCAAUCUUGAACAGUCGUUAGCAGUUGUUAGGCAAAUUGACUGUAAUCUUUGCGGCAAGGCAGGACACCGUUUACGUGAUUGUUUUGCUUUUAAGAAUUUGAGUGUAGAUGACCGUUGGCGAAAGGUAAGGGCUUUGUCGCUAUGCCAGAAUUGUCUUUUUAACCACGGUCGGCGAGCAUGCCGAAGCAGAAAUCGCUGUACUGUUGACAGUUGUCAAUAUCGUCAUCACCCGUUGCUACAUUCCACAAGACGGACUACGGCUGCCAAAGUGCAGAGCACACCAGCGGAGAGCCUUACCCACCAAUCUCUUGGAUCGAGUGUGUUAUUCAGAGUAGUGCCAGUUACGCUUUACGGACGAACGGGUGAAGUGAACACAUAUGCCUUUUUAGAUGAGGGCUCGUCGCUCACGCUGAUGGAUGGUGAAAUAGCAGAUCAGCUUGGAGUAAGCGGAACCGUUCAGCCACUGUGUCUUCGGUGGACGGGGAAUACUUCAAGGGUCGAAGCAAAUUCGAAGGUCGUUACUAUUACAAUUAAAGGAGCGGGAUCGCAGAGGCGGUUCCAGAUGCUGAACGUGCGUACGGUACCCAGCUUAAAUCUUCCGAGUCAGACAUUUCAAAGGGAAAUCGCUGCCGAGCAAUUUGGCCACCUCAAGCAGCUACCCUUACAAAGUUAUAAGAAUGCUGUUCCCAAGUUACUUAUUGGGGUUGAACAUUUACAUUUGGCUGUUCCGCUGAAAGUCAGGGAAGGUAACGGAAAAGGACCGAUUGCUGUUAAAACUAGGCUCGGUUGGUGCGUUUAUGGGCGACAGCAACCGGGUGAGCGAAGUUUAUGUAAUCUGCAUGUCUGUGAAUGCAAUUAUGAUAGAGAGCUGCAUGACGCUGUUAAGCGGUUCUACGAUCUAGAAGAAACCGGAACGGGAAGCGCAACACUGCUUACCAGGGAUGAAAGGCGAGCAUUAGACCUACUCGAGCAAACAACGGUACGCGUCGGGCAGAAAUUCGAAACUGCAUUAUUGUGGAAAGACGAUCAUGUGGAACUACCAGACAGCUACCUCAUGGCACUUCGCAGGUUAGAAUGUCUAGAACGUAAGAUGUCUCUGGAUACAAAACUGAAGGAGAACGUUCACCGUCUAAUGCAGGAAUUUGUUGACAAGGGCUAUAUCCACAAGGCCAAGAAGGAAGAACUUGAUGCCGCUGACCCUCGCAGAAUAUGGUAUCUGCCUAUUGGAGCAGUAACCAAUCCAAAGAAACCGGAGAAAACACGAAUUGUGUGGGAUGCGGCGGCCAAAACGGAUGGCGUGUCGCUAAAUAGCAUGCUGCUAAAAGGUCCAGACCAGCUGGUAUCACUGUUGGGUGUGCUGUUCCGUUUCCGCCAGUUUAAGGUUGCGGUAUGUUCUGACGUAAAGGAAAUGUUCCUGCAGAUAUCAAUGAGGGAGUGCGAUAAGCAUUCUCAGAGAAUUCUUUGGAGAACUGAUCCCCUCCAGAGCCCGGACAUUUUUCUGGUAGAUGUGGCGACGUUUGGGUCGACAUGCUCACCCGCGUCGGCGCAAUUCGUUAAAAAUAAGAACGCACGAGAGCACGGUAAGGAAUAUCCUAGAGCGGCAGAAGGGAUACUGCAAAGUACAUAUGUCGACGACUAUUUGGAUAGUUUCGGAUCAGAGGAAGAAGCUAGUCGUGUCGCAGCAGAAGUGAGACUGAUUUUUCGCAAUGGCGGGUUCGUACUGAGAAAUUGGAUCUCGAAUAAUGACGGCGUAUUGAAGCACCUUGGAGAAAAACAAGCUGCAAUCAGUAAAAGUCUAAUUACGACAAGCACGAACUGUGAGCGCGUGCUUGGAAUGCUUUGGAACCCGCUAACAGAUGAACUCUCGUUCAGCACUCGUAUGAGCGACGAAGUUCAAACACUUCUGGAGAAUGACGACAAACCAACAAAAAGACAAGUGCUACGCUGCGUCAUGACGCUCUUCGAUCCCCUAGGAUUAUUAGCAACCUUUCUGAUCCACGGAAAGAUCCUCGUUCAGGACUUGUGGCGUGCAGGCACUGGAUGGGAUGAGGAAGUGGCCGAAAACCAAUACAGAGACUGGUGUAGGUGGAUUAAGAUGAUUACAUUUAUCGCAAAAAUUCGUAUCCCUCGCUGUUAUUUCACCGAAGCAUCGGCGAAGACGUAUGAACAAGCCGAACUGCAUGUUUUCGUUGACGCCAGUCUCCUCGCAUACGCUUGCGCUCUGUACCUUCGAACCACUUGCUCUGACGGCACGUUUCAAUGUUCUUUAAUCGCCGCAAAGGCAAAGGUAGCCCCGCUGAAGCCCAUGACGAUACCGAAGCUUGAACUGCAAGGUUGUAUAUUGGGCGCUAGAAUGGCGAAAUUUGUUCAGGCCAACCACUCCAUUUCUAUAAGUAGAAGAAUCCUGUGGACAGACAGCUCAGUCGCACUCUCGUGGAUUCGCGCGGAUCCUAGAAACUAUCGGCCAUUCGUGGCAAAUCGGGUCGGCGAAAUCCUCGAAACAACAACAGUGGAUGAAUGGAGAUGGGUCCCCACCGAAUCCAACCCGGCAGACGAAGCAACCAAAUGGGGAAGUGGGCCAUACUUCGGCAAUAGUAUGUGGUACAACGGACCAGAGUUUUUGCGCCAACCGGAAACAACUUGGCCGAAUUUUAUGGAUACGACUGUGAGCACAACAGAAGAGAUUCGAGCGUCAAUUCUAUUCCACGUCGCAUGGGAACCAUUAGUCACUUACGACCGGUUUUCGAAAUGGGAAAGAUUACAGCGAAGCAUGUCUUACGUGUUACGAUUUCUGCACAACGCAAGAAGUAAGGGAAACAGGCGCGGAGGUCAGCUAUCGCAAUUCGAGUUGGAGGCUGCCGAAAUCGAAAUAUGGAAGCAGAUUCAAAUAGAAGUCUAUCCAGAUGAAGUGACGACACUGCAAAAGAACCUGGAGUUACCAGAAGAGAAGCGAAAGUCAAUCGACAGAUGCAGUUCCUUGUAUCAGCUUGUACCGACGCUGGAUGAACGAGGAUUGAUGCGACAAUGUAGUCGUAUUGCAUCUGCGAAGCAUAUCCAACAUGCCGUACGUUAUCCAAUAAUCCUUCCGCGGAAACACCGCUGUACAAUGCUCCUUGUAGCGAAAUACCAUCGUGUUUACCGCCAUGCGAACGCAGAGACGGUUGUGAACGAGAUCCGUCAACUCUUUCUCAUUCCGAAGCUUCGGACGCUAGUGAGAGAAGUUGGAAGAAAUUGCGAAUGGUGCAAAAUUCGCCGAGCGCAGCCUGUAGUGCCGCCAAUGGCGCCGUUACCGCACUCACGUCUAGCCGUUUAUGAUCGCCCGUUCAGCUACGUGGGCCUCGACUAUUUCGGUCCACUGACGAUUAAGCAAGGUCGUGCAAGCGUCAAAAGGUGGGUUGCACUGUUCACCUGUUUGACAGUACGUGCAGUACACCUCGAAAUUGUACACAAUCUUACAAGUUCCUCGUGUGUCUCAAGUAUACGUCGUUUCGUCAACCGCCGCGGUUCGCCUGUGGAGAUCUUCAGCGACAACGCAACGAACUUCCACGGAGCUGAACGAAUGCUUCGUGAACAAAUCAACCAACAAUGUGCUGUUACGUUUACCAGUUCGAAUACGAAAUGGACCUUUAUUCCGCCUGCUGCUCCGCAUAUGGGGGGCGCCUGGGAGCGCCUAGUCCGCUCAGUGAAGACGGCGAUAUCGGAAGCGUACACCGAAGGAAAACUUACAGACGAAGAUUUACAUACAUUGAUCGUGGAGGCGGAGGGCAUGAUUAACCGUAGACCUCUAACAUACCUACCGCUCGAUUCCGCGGAAUCUGAAGCAUUGACCCCAAACCAUUUUAUUAUGGGCAGCUCAAGCGGUGCUAAGCAACCCCUGGCAAACAUUAAUCACCAAAACGGGACUUCUCGUGAAUCGUGGGACCAAAUCCGAAGGCACUUGGAUCGGUUUUGGCAGCGCUGGCUCAAGGAGUAUUUGCCGGUACUUAGAAAACAAACUAAGUGGUUCGAUGAAGCUCGUCGUGUAGAAACCGGGGACAUAGUGCUUAUAACAGAUGAAGGCAAAAGGAAUACCUGGAUCCGCGGUCGUGUCAUCGAAACAAUCAGUGCGGCAGAUGGUCGCGUUCGUCAAGCUGUGAUCAAAACUGAGAGAGGAGUUCUUAAGCGGCCAGUAUCCAGCGGGAGCCCAGAAGAGUGGCCCAUCUUCAUUAAUAACUUCGAGCAGUCUACGGCUACCUGCGGUUACUCAGAUGCGGAAAACUUGGUACGCCUUCAACGGUCGCUAAAGGGAAAUGCCCUCGAAUCGGAGCUGGUGGAGAAACUUCCGGGUUCAAUGCGACUGAACUGGGCAGUAUUCAAGAACCGGUAUCAUCCGGUGACACUCAAUACGUUCGGCGAGUUCAUGUCCGGGUUGGUCAUGACGGCUAGUGAGGUUUCCUUCAACAUUCCGAGACCGACGACUACAAAAUUCACCACACAGACCGAAAGCAGGAGCAACAAACAGAAAGGUGGAAGUGUUGUUCAAACCCACUCCGCAGACGAAAAUCCUCCCGCUCCCACAACUCCCACACCGAGCAGCACCUCUACACGCACCAAACCAGGCAAGUAA